AUGAGUCAGGCACCUGUGGGAAUCUCAUCCAGGUUUAUGGCUGGAAACGUCGACAGGUCACUUGUCACCGGCAAGAACCUAUCAGGUAACCGAGUGUGCCUGGGAAGCAAAGUUGCUUAA